AUGGACAGAGAAUACACAGAGAAGCCUGCUACACACCCAGCUGAUCUGGGGACCAACGGAGCCAUGAGGCUGGGUUCAGCAAUCCUCAGUUUACUCCUGCUCCAAGGUUACAGCUCUCAGCCUACGACAACGCAGACCUCUCGGGAAAUUCUACAGAAGUCAUCUCAGGCCUCCUUGGCAUCCAGUCAGCCUGUGACACCACGGUCAAGCACCGUGGAUAGACACUCUCUUUCCUUGCCCGACCCCAUGUCAUUCCAGCCCCAGAGACACACACCUGAAUCAUCUCUGGAUGCUACUCCCAGUCCAGGAACCUCCAGCCUUCGGACAAAAGAGGGGACCAUCCUACCUACCCCCACAUCAGAGUCAGUGCUAACUGUGGCUGCCUUUGGUGUCAUCAGCUUCAUUGUCAUCCUGGUGGUUGUAGUGAUCGUUCUGGUCAGUGUGGUCAGCCUAAGGUUUAAGUGUCGGAAGAACAAGGAGUCUGAAGAUCCACAGAAACCCGGGAGUUCAGGGCUAUCUGAAAGCUGCUCCACAGCCAAUGGAGAGAAAGACAGCAUCACACUCAUCUCCAUGAAGAAUAUCAACACGAACAACAGCAAAGGCUGCACCUCAGCAGAAAAGGUAUAG